AUGUUCAUUUGUCCAACUAUUCAGUCCAUGAAACUCAUACCAUUUUGGGGGCUUCUUGUAAUGUGUUUUUGUGCAAUGUUAAUGGCCUUUUCUCCUGAUGUUGUCGCUGCUUCAGCCACACUACAUUCCAGAGAAGCAAAUGCUUUGUUGAAAUGGAAAGCCAGCCUUCACAACCAAAGCCAAGCUUUGCUAUCUUCAUGGACCGGAAAUAGUCCUUGCAAUAAUUGGCUCGGAAUUGAGUGUGACGUGUCCAGGUCUGUCUCCAGCAUUAAUCUUACAAAUAUUGGAUUAAGAGGUAUGCUUCGAUGUCUCAACUUCACUUUACUUCCAAACAUCCUCACUAUAGAUAUAAGUCUCAACUCCUUGAAUGGAAGUAUUCCACCCCAAAUUGGGGUAUUGUCCAAACUCUCCUAUCUUGAUCUCAGUGACAAUAAUCUCUCUGGAACAAUUCCUUCUGCUAUUGGAAAUUUGACAAAGGUCACUUGGUUAAAUUUUUUCUCAAAUGAACUUAUUGGGUCAAUACCAUCCUCAAUUGGUAACUUGAUUAAUUUGGAGACUGUUAGCUUUCACACAAACAAACUCUCAGGACCAAUUCCUUCCACUAUUGGUAACUUGGUUAACUUAGAAUUAGUUGGACUUGCUGCAAACAAACUCUCUGGACCAAUUCCUUCCACUAUUGGAAAUUUGACAAAACUUAGUGUGUUAUAUUUGUUCUCAAAUGAUCUCACUGGACCAAUACCACACUCAAUUGGUAAUUUGGUUAAUUUGGAGACAAUUGACCUUUCUGAAAAUAAACUCUCUAGACCAAUUCCUUCCACUAUUGGAAAUUUGACAAAGGUCAGUGAUUUAAAUUUAUUCUCAAAUGACCUUACUGGGCCAAUACCAUCAUCAAUUGGUAACUUGAUUAAUUUGGAGAUUGUUAGCUUUCACACAAACAAACUCUCAGGACCAAUUCCUUCCACUAUUGGUAACUUGUUUAAUUUAGAAACAAUUAAACUUGCUAUAAACAAACUCUCUGGACCAAUUCCUUUCAUGAUUGGAAAUUUGACAAAAGUUAGUGUGUUAUAUUUAUUCUCAAAUGAUCUCACUGGGCCAAUACCACCGUCAAUUGGUAAUUUGGCUAAUUUGGAAUCAGUUGAACUUUUUGAAAAUAAACUCUCAGGACCAAUUCCUUCCACUAUUGGAAAUUUGACCAAGGUCAAGGUAUUAUAUUUAUACUCAAAUGAACUCAUUGGGCCAAUACCACCAUCAAUUGGUAAUUUGGCUGAUUUGGAAUCAGUUGAUCUUGUUGACAACAAACUCUCGGGACCAAUUCAUUUCACUUUUGAAAAUUUGACAAAGGUCAAAGUAUUCUCCUUAGGCUCAAAUGAACUCAGUGGGAACAUCCCAAUAGAAAUGAACAGGCUCACUAAUUUGGAAAAAUUGCAGUUACAUAAUAAUCAUUUUAUUGGUCAUUUGCCUCAUAACAUUUGCGUUAGUGGAAAGUUGGCAAAUUUUUCUGCUUUCAAUAACCAUUUUACUGGUUACGUUCCUAAGAGUUUGAAAAAUUGCUCCAGCCUAAUAAGAGUUCGACUUCAACAAAACCAGCUGACUGGAAAUAUAACAGAUGAUUUUGGCGUAUAUCCAAAAUUGGACUACAUCGAAUUGAGUGACAAUAAUUUUUAUGGUCACCUUUCACCAAAUUGGGGAAAAUGCUAUAGCCUCACAAGCCUCAAGAUCUCCAACAAUAACUUAUCUGGUGUCAUACCACCAGAACUAGGCAAGGCAAUCAACUUACAUGUACUUGACUUAUCUUCAAACCAUCUCAUGGGAAAAAUUCCGAAUGAGUUAGGUAAACUGACAUCAUUGAUCAAACUCUUGAUAAGCAACAAUCAUCUUUCACAAAAUGUUCCCAUGCAAAUAACAUCAUUGCACGAACUUGAUACCUUGGAGCUUGCAGGGAAUAAUUUAUGUGGCUUCAUCAUAGAGCAACUUGGAAUGCUGUCUAAGUUGUUGAACUUAAAUUUGAGCCAAAAUAAUUUUAAGGGACAUAUUCCUGAUGAGUUUAGGCAAUUAAAAGUUCUUCGAAGUCUUGAUCUUAGUGCAAAUUUUUUGGGUGGAACAAUACCAGCAGUGCUUGGACAACUGAAAUACAUAGAAAUAUUGAAUCUCUCACACAAUAGUCUUUCUGGUAUAAUUCCCACCAGCUUCGGUGACAUGUUUAGCUUGACAUCUGUUGAUAUAUCAUAUAACCAAUUAGAGGGUCCACUUCCAAACAUCCCUGCCUUUCAUAACGCUACAAUUGAAGCUUUGAGAAAUAAUAGUGGCUUGUGUGGUAACAUCUCUAGCUUGAAGCCUUGCCCUUCAUCAAGUGGCAUAUCUCAUCAUAACACUAACAAAGUCAUAUGGGUAGUUCUACCCCUUACUUUGGGCAUUCUAUUGGUUGUAAUAUUUGUUAUGGGAGUCUUGUAUCAUCUCUGCCGAUCUUCAAGCACAAAAGAAAACCAAGCUGCAGAAUCACAAGCUCAAAAUCUAUUUGCAAUAUGGAGUUUUGAUGGAAAAAUGGUGUAUGAGAACAUUAUUGAAGCUACAGAAGAAUUUGACAACAAACAUCUUAUUGGGGUUGGAGGGAAUGCAAGUGUUUACAAAGCAGAGUUGCCCACUGGUCAAGUUGUUGCUGUGAAGAAACUCCAUCCAGCACCAAAUGAAGAAAUAUCCAAUGUAAAAGCUUUCACAAGUGAGAUCCAAGCUUUGACAGAAAUUCGACAUCGUAACAUUGUCAAGCUAUAUGGGUUUUGUUCUCAUUCACGAUACUCAUUUCUGGUUUAUGAGUUCUUGGAGAAGGGUAGUGUGGAGAUGACUUUGAAAAAUGAUGAACAAGCUAUUGCAUUUGAUUGGAAUAGGAGGGUGAAUGUGGUUAAAGACGUAGCUAAUGCUUUAUGCUAUAUGCAUCAUGACUGCUUGCCUCCAAUUGUUCAUCGAGAUAUAUCAAGCAAGAAUGUUCUUUUGGAUUUGGAAUAUGUGGCUCAUGUCUCUGACUUCGGAACGGCUAAGCUCCUCAAUCCUAAUUCAACCAACUGGACCUCAUUUGCAGGCACCUUUGGAUAUGCUGCUCCAGAACUUGCAUACACAAUGGAAGUAAAUGAGAAAUGUGAUGUGUACAGUUUUGGAGUAUUAGCAUUGGAAAUACUUUUUGGAAAGCACCCUAGUGAUGUCAUGUCUUCUUCAUGGAUUGUUGUGGCCUCAAAAAUUGAUAAUAUAUCGUUGAUGGAUAAGUUGGAUCAACGUCUCCCUCAUCCAGUGAAUCCUAUUGUGAUAGAUGUAUUAUCGAUUGCAAGGAUAGCAAUUGGUUGCUUGAAUGAAAGCCCACGCUCUCGCCCUACCAUGGAGCAGGUUGUUAAGAAGCUUGUAAUGUCAAAGUGA